AUGCCGGGCGGCUCGUCCCCUGCGCCGGCUGCCCACGCCGGCACGGUGACCUUCCUCCCAGCCAUGUUAACUCUCCCUGCAGGUGGCUCAGCCACCUUCUUCUGCAACAUCUCCAUGGAGAAUGUCUCAGGCUUGGAGUACAGCCUCAACUGGUACAAAGAGACCAACCACAGCCAGCCCCAAAAAAUCGCUGAGAUCAGCCGUAACAACCCGCAGACAAAGACGGAGAAGUACCUGCUCACCAACUACACUCCUGCCUUCAAGAUUGAGAUCCUGAACCUUCACCAGAAUGACUCGGGCUCCUACUACUGCGGACUGAUCGCCUUCCUCCAACCCAAUAAAGUGAUUGAGAGCAACCGGUCCCACCUCGUGGUCACAGCAGCUCCUGAGAAAACAAACGGCACUGAUGAGCCUCAGAUAGAGGAAGGCAACCCCCCAGAGCACAUCAAGGCCGUGCUCGUGGGCAUCCUGUUGCUGGUCGGUGCUGUUGUGCUCCUGAUCUUUGGCUACCUUACUGUCACAUACAGGAGAGGAGAUGCGCAGAAACCACCAAGUGAAAACGCACCGACGAAGGAGGAGAAACCACCGGAGGUGUCUGUGUCCACUGUGGACUAUGGCGUGUUGGAGUUUCAGUGGGACCAGCGCACGCAGAUGCCCCCCGAGAAGCAGCCAGCUGACCAGACUGAAUACGCCACCAUCAUCUUCCCUGAGGAGAAACCAGUUACGCCAGAGCGGGGGAAGAAAAACCAGAACCAGAGGAGCUGGCAAGUGCAGCCAUAG